AAAAAAUGAAACCUUUAAAUACUUCUUAGAUUUAAAAUAAAGAAAACUUGAAAUCAUUUGAAAAAUAAAAAUAUAAGAAGAAAGUUGACCUUCCUGAUUUUGUUUUGAUCUUAUUAUGAGUUAGGAUUAUAAAAUGAGUGGUUCAGACCCACUUUGGAGACAGUGUGCCGUUUGGUUGGAUAAACUCAGAUUAAUCCCUGCUCGACAUCCAUCUCUUAAACCUAACUCUAGACCUCAGGAUCUACUCAACCUUCUCAGAAAUGGAGUUAUUCUCUGCCAAGCUGCACAUUCUCUAGAUCCAAAUAGUAUAGAUCUAACCAAGGUUGUAUAUUCUCCACCAGAAGAUGAUUCUGUCGAGGAUUUUGUUUGUAGGAAUAAUAUCUUCCUGUUCCUGAGAUCAGUGGUUACUCAUUUCGACCUGGAGGAAUCAUUCUUCUUCGACCCAACCUGUCUCUACCAGUACCAGGAUGUUGGCAAGGUUAUACAUAAAUAA